GUUUAAAUUAAUGCAUAUCGAGCUUGACCUUCUUGCAACCAAACAUAAACUCAGAGAUAUUUUUCUUGAUGAAGAUGAAUUUAAAGAAGUUGAUAAUUUACUCAACCUUCUUUAUCCUAUACUUGAAGCAACUAUAUUACUUUCAUCUUGUUUGUAUCUAACAAUAUCUAAUGUAUAUUUGUCUUUUGACAGUAUUCUUCACUACCUUAGUAGAUUUAUUGAUGAUAGAUCAUACUCACUUAAUAAAUAUAUGGUCACAAAUUCUAUACAUUAUAAACUAAAUAAAUAUUGGUUACUUCUUGACAAAUCUAUUACGAUUGCUGCUAUUCUUGAUUCUACUUCAAAACUUAUAACAUUCUCAUCUGAAGAAAAAAGAAAUACAACAAUUACAAAUUUGCACCAAGCAAUAGUUCAAUAUAUACUACAAGCUUCUGCAACUAAUGCUAGCCCUUCUAAAAAUAGAAAAAGAGAAUUUUUUAAAUCUCUAUUAGAACAGCAACAAUUAAUAAACAAACCACCAGUAGAAGAAUUAGAUCUAUACUUAUCUUCGCCUCCGUGUUCUGAAGAAGAUCCUCUUGAGUGGUGGGUGAAAAAUGAAUUUAGAUUCCCAAUUCUAGCUAAGAUAGCACAUAACUAUUUAGCGAUUCAAGGAACAAGUGUUCCCUGUGAAGAAGCAUUUUCAGUAGCAGCAAGAACACUUACGAAAAUUCGCAAUCGUCUUCACCUCGAAACCGCAUAUGCUUUGCUUUGUUUGAAAAGCUGGAUGGAACAGGGUAUUGAAGUACAAAUAGAGAAAUAA